CACAGAUAAGUUUAGAAGGCAGUGCAGCUCACAAGUUCCUUGAAUAAGCUGUAUUCCUACCACCUUUUUUCCCCCCCUGUCAGAAACGUCUGAGCCUCACACAGGAACCAGGCUCACAUUGUUCAAUAGCCACGGACGUUUCCACAGUAGCUGGGAGGGCCGAAAGCUCUUUCCGCUCUUUGUUACAAAUAUUUUUUUUAUUUUUUCCUUCCUUCUUCCAACUUUCCAGUUAAAGACUAUUGCCGGGGAAUUUCUGAAGURAUUCAGGCUGAGCUUUAGAGAAAAGAACAAGAGACAGGUGUAACUGGGUGGGAAGGAGCCCAGGAUGCUGGUGAAGCUGCUUUUGCUGGUCUGUAGCACAGGAGGACUGGCAAAGCUGGUGGAACACACAGCCCAUCAUGGACACGCUGAUGUUUCUGGGCACAGCCUAAWGCCACGGGUUCAUGAGACCUCUGCACACCCCCAGAGAACUCCUCUGGCACGCCAAGAAGAAGGUUACUGGGAGGCAGAAGGCCUCAGGGAGGAUACUCCAGAUUACCCUUCCAGUGUGAUCUCCUCACAUCAGGAAGAGAGAGGGGAUUUUGAAGCUGUGAGCCCACAGUCCCGGAAUGGGAACUGGUGUUCCUUCAYGCAGUCCCGGCUGGUCACAUACAUAGAAGCCUGCAUGAAGGAGAAGUACAUUGUCAACUCCCAACAGCCCUGUCCAAAUGGAGCCCCAGAAUGCCAGAAGAUCAUGUACAGGACAGCUCUGAAGCCAGUCUACCAAGUGAAACAGAAGCUUCUGAAGUCUUUGCAGUGGAAAUGCUGCCCUGGAUUUAUUGGCAAGGACUGUGAACAGCGUGAUCCUAAUUUUAUUCUGGUGCCAGGACCUGAAACUGAAGGACAAGAAGAAGAGUUCUCAAACCACAUGUCAACAUCAGUGGAUUCAAGAGAAAUGUUCGAAGUCAUUCAGAAUCAUGAGGCUUUACUGGAUGAUCUUCAAAGUGAUAUUCAUCAAGCAGCCAGCACCUUAGGUGACUUUCAGAGACUAUUUGAGAACAACGGUACAAGCAUGGUGUUAGAAGUGAACCAGAGCAAUUCAGAUCCUCAGGAAAGGCUUCUGCAGCAAGUUUUGUUCCCUCAUGUGGAGAAUUUUCUAAGGAAACAUUUUAACCCAGUGUGGGCAAGCUUCAACAGAAGCUUACAGAACCUCUCCAACAUUGUAAGAAACCUGUCACAUGAUGUGGAAGCCAACAAAAAAAGCAUAGAAAGAUUCCAAGAGAGCACUGUGCCCAAGAAGGAAUUCCAGGAGCUGGGUACUAAAUUUGAAUCAAAARUCCAAGAAAACACAGCRAAAGUUGAUCAGGUGAAAAGAGAUAUAGAGAACCAWGUGCACAUGCAGCAGGCUAAUAUUCACUAUAAUCUCAGCAUGAUCAAGGCAGAUACCGACACAAAACUCAAGAAGCUUCAAAAGAUACAGCAAUCCCAUUUCUCAACUUUGAACAACAGCGUAGCAAACAUGAAACAUGAACAAAACCUUCUUGAAAAUAAGUUGGAGGCUUUGAAAAGAAAUUUAACACAACUCUCUUCACAUCGUGGUCCCAAAGAUGAAAACAGCCAAUUAACCAUCCUACAAAUAAAUGAAAUUCUGUCAGGCCAUGCAAAGCAGCUUAAAGAACUUUACAUGGARUCAGAUGUGGCCUUCCAGAAUAUUGUAGUUUUAGAGAGGUGGUUUAAGGAAUUAAAGCAAAACAUCUCAAAAUUCAGGCCAGAAGAUCUUACAAUAACUUUAGCUGAGAAAUCAAUUAUCAUGGAAGAAAACAACGCAGCAAUGGAAAGGCAGAUAGCAGAGGUCAACUACACUCUCUCAAACCUUCGUGAAAACUACUCAGAUCUGCUGAGGUACAUGGAGGAAUGUAAUUGCCAAAGAGUAUCUUCUGACACUGAUGGACUGGAGGAAGACACAAGGAAUAGCACUUAUUCCCUUGAAAACACCCAGUCCAAGGAUAUGAAGCACUUAGAGUCAGUUCUCAGAGAUCUCUUCAAGAGUGAAAUUGAAGAGCUCUCCUCAGCUAUUCCWUCCAUCCAUCUGUCUCUUAGCCUCCGUCAAGCAGAGAACAGACAGCUUCAGUCCCAGGUUACAGCUUUUUCAGAAGACAUAGGCUUGUUGAAGAAGAAGGAUGAAGACAUUCAUCGACACAUCAAGUAUCUCAACAGUUCUUUCAGCUCUCUUUUGAAAGAUGCAAUGCGACACGAAGAAGCACUGGAGGCUUUACUGAGACACAAACUUCUGGAUCUCUUUUAUGAAGAUGAUUUUAGUAGCCUAGUACCAUCAGUAUUUGAGCUGCAAGAAUCUCUCAAACACAUCUCAGAUCAACUGCAAGAACAAAACAUGACUUUAUCAUCCCUUACAAGGAGAUUUCAUCCCUUGGAGAGAGGCCAACAGAACAAGCACGACGCUCCUAAGCACCCCAAGGAGGAAACACAAACAUCCUCUACUCUACAUGAGGUCAGCAGUCAACGCAGCAUCAUAGAACACAUGGAACCUAACUAUGAGGCUGCCAAAGAUGACUCCUUGGAUAGCUCAGCUUAUAAUGAUAUCAUGACUCUGAAGAAUGAUAUCAAACACCUGAGCCUGGCAAUCCAGAGGCAUGAAUCCAGAAGUGACGUGAAUCUCUGCUGCAAUCAAACAAUAACAAAUGCAAUUGAGCCGCUCAACAUUUCUGUAGAAACUCUCUCUGCAGAUUUAGCAACCAUCAAGCGGAAUCUGGAGGGACAUCUCCUAACUUUUAAAAAGCUGUUUGGGAGUAAUGAAGAAUUAGUUGCCUCAAAUACGAGUCUGGAUGUUACAAAGAUUCAGUCAAUGCUGAACAGAAAAGGGAGAAGGCAACACAAAGGUCAGGACAAGCAAAGAGACAAGAAAAGGCCUGAGAAGCACAGAGAAAAUACACAAACGAUUAGUGGAAGAAAUACAGCUCAGACAGAACUUGUGGAAAAAGACUCAUUGGUGGCAUUCCACGUGGGAUUCUCAGAAAGAAAGGAUAAAGGAAAAACUGUGAGGUUUAAUGAAACAUACCUCAAUUAUGGAAACAGCUAUUUCUCUGAACACGGCCACUUUAAAGCACCACACAAAGGUGUCUACCUGUUUGUCAUCUCGGUGGAGUUCAGCUCAGGACCAGCACUGGGACAACUCUCCUUCAGCCGUGGGUACAAAAGAACUCUCUCGAGCAGUCAGAGGAAAACACCCCAUGGAAACACCAUGACAACUUUYGCUAUAGCAGAAAUGGAGAAGGGGGAGACAGUGUGCUUUGAAUUGCUGCACGGCUCUGUAGUGAAACGAAGCCCACCUGGGACAACUAUGGGUGGAUUCCUAAUAUCUAAAACUUGAAUCGUGAUAUUUAUGUUUUAUUAAUCUCUCUCCAUAGAUGCAAAGGAUGCAUUCACUAUUGCUUCAUCUGUGAUGUAUUCAAUGCUACURCAUGUGUUUAAACAUAGCAUUCCCUAGGUUUGUCUUCAUGCUUCUUUUCUGGGARUGUUUGGCUUUUGAUUAGUUGCUUGUGAGCAGCAAUGGGAUUUUCUUUCAAGUGAAAAACUAAGCRUUUGAAUUCCAAAUGCAUCAGCACACACAUUCCCAAAUCCUUCCAAGGUGAGAACUGCACAUAUUUUGURGGAUCUUCUUCACUUAGAACACAAAUUUGUCCUUUCCCCUAAAUAUACUCCUAUGGCACAUACUCCCACCAGUGGCAAGGAAAAGAUUUUAGGAAGGACUGCGUAUAGCAACUCUCAUAUUAUGUGAAUGGCACCUUAAAACCCAGAAGCCACAGCAAUUUUACCUUUUACCUCGCUGUGGACCACAGACUAUCUUGGAAACUUCUYCAGCUCACUCCAGUGUUUCCGUCAGUGCAUAACAGGAACACUAGGAUUGGUCAAAUCCAGUAAAAUUCACUCUACUGCCAGUAUUGGCAAGUAAGGAUCUUGUAAAUGGCACAGUCUGUUUCUGGGCCUGUGUUGUAUUUCAACUACUGCAAAAGUUUAAAACAUUGUUAAGAUUAAUUACAUUUACAGUUAGACACAGUUAGGAAAAUGUCAACAAUAUUUUUAAAGUAUAAGCGAAAAUGAAGUUUAUUUCUAAAGUUAAUCCUGAAGAUUACCACUAAUUCAGCCCAGAGUUCAUUAUUUAGUAAAUGUUUUAAAUCCAAGCAAACAAAACCAACACCAAAAAGCAAGUUUGUUGGUCUGUUGUCACUGCUGAAUAUAAAUUUGUAAUUAGAAUAAACCAAAGAGAACAACUUUUGAAAUGUGGAGGGAUUUUUUUUUUUUUUUUUUUAAUUUCCAAAACCUCAAGGUGACCUUGUCUGGUCAUGUCUUAAACUUUUCUUCUGUCAAAUAAAACUUCCCGAAGAUUUCUACUUUAAAGAAAUUAAAGUAUUGUGGUAUUUUUGUCUACCUUAAUAUCUUACAAAGCAGUAUUAUAACAAUCAAAUUUGCCAAAAUGAAAUGCACUUUGAAAUAUUUUUGAUUAAGAUGCAAAUCCUUAUUUUGUAAAUUUCACCCUUUUAAGGAAGCAGUUUU